UUCGUUUUCUCCUGCUUCAGCCUAUAACUGCUACAUCCUUCCAGAGCAGGAGAAACAAAAACCUCUCUCUCUCUCUCCCUAUAUAUACACAUUAGGGCACACAUAUAUUCCGCAGUUUUCGUCUCUAGAAGCCAAGCCAUGCCUUCGUUAGCUAUCUCUGGCGCCGUAAUGUCUGAAAGCCCCAAGGACAAGAAGGAGAAGAAGAAGUUGAAGAACCAAGCUGCGAUGGAAACCCUAGGAUCCGAAAGUGCGAAGAGCAAGAAAGAGUCGAAGCUGAAGAAGGAGAACAAGAAGCGCAAAGCUUUGGAGAUUGAUGAUGACGAAGAGAGAAGCGAGACGAGUUCGGAGCUGGGCGAGCCGGUGAACGCGAAGGCGAAGAGCGUGGAGGCCGAAAGCAAGAAGAAGAAGAAGAAGGCCAAGGCGGAAGAAGAAGAGGAGGACGUCGAUGGCGGCGAGGAAAAGAGCGAGGAGCAUCCCAAUGCGAUCUCGAAGUUCCGUAUCUCGGCGCCGUUGAAGGCCAAAUUGAAGGAGAAGGGGAUCGAAUCGUUGUUUCCCAUUCAGGCAAUGACUUUGGAUACCAUCUUGGAUGGCUCCGACUUGGUCGGCCGGGCUCGCACCGGACAGGGUAAAACUCUGGCAUUUGUCUUGCCCAUCUUGGAGUCUCUUACUAACGGGCCUGCUAAAGCCUCGCGUAAGACUGGAUAUGGGAGAUCCCCAAGUGUUCUUGUACUUUUGCCAACUAGGGAAUUGGCCACUCAGGUCUUUGCGGAGUUUGAAGUUUAUGGUGCGGCGUUGGGGUUGACGUCAUGCUGUUUAUAUGGAGGAUCACCCUACCAUUCUCAAGAGGCUAAAUUGAAAAGAGGGGUUGAUAUAAUUGUUGGAACACCUGGUCGUGUAAAGGAUCAUAUAGAGAGGAAUAAUCUGGACUUGACCUCUUUGAAGUUUCGGGUUCUAGAUGAAGCUGAUGAAAUGUUGAGGAUGGGUUUUGUUGAAGAUGUUGAACUUAUUCUAGGCCAGGUUGAGGAUUUGAGUAAAGUUCAAACCCUCCUUUUCAGUGCAACAUUGCCAAAUUGGGUGAAAGAUAUUGCUACUAGGUUCCUCAAACAGAAUAAGAAGACUGUGGAUCUUGUUGGUAAUGAAAAGAUGAAGGCUAGCACAAAUGUACGGCAUAUUGUUAUCCCCUGCUCGAGUACAGCAAGAGCCCAACUUAUUCCCGAUAUAAUUCGUUGUUACAGCAGUGGUGGCUGCACUAUUAUUUUUACUGAGACAAAAGAUUCUGCUUCCGGGCUUGCUGGGUUGCUACCUGGAGCACGAGCUUUGCAUGGGGACAUACAGCAAGCUCAACGUGAGGUCACACUUAAAGGUUUCAGGUCUGGCAAGUUCACUACCUUAGUGGCGACAAAUGUUGCGGCUAGGGGAUUGGACAUCAAUGAUUGUCAAUUAAUUAUUCAGUGUGAGCCUCCACGUGAUGUAGAAGCUUAUAUCCAUCGGUCAGGACGCACUGGAAGAGCAGGCAAUACUGGGGUUGCUGUUAUGCUGUUUGAUCCAAGGAAGUCAAAUAUAUCUAGAAUUGAAAGGGAAUCUGGUGUGAAAUUUGAACACCUAUCUGCUCCUCAGCCAGCUGAUGUGGCCAAAGCUGCUGGUGUGGAGGCGGUAGAAACAAUAAAUCAAAUCUCCGAUAGCGUAAUUCCUGCUUUCAUGACUGCUGCGGAGGAAUUAUUAAGCACUUCUGGUCUAUCUGCUGUUGAACUUCUGGCAAAAGCACUUGCGAAAGCUGCUGGUUAUUCCGAGAUAAAGAGUAGAUCACUUCUGACAUCUAUGGAGAACUAUGUGACAGUACUUCUCGAGGCUGGGAGACCCAUCUACACGCCAUCUUACGCGUAUGGGGUCUUGAGGAGAUUUUUGCCUGAAGAGAAGGCUGAGUCGGUCAAGGGUUUGACUCUCACAGCUGAUGGAAGGGGUGCAGUGUUUGAUGUGGCACUUGAAGAUUUGGAUACAUUUCUUACUGGUCAAGAGAAUGCGGCCGACGUGAGCUUGGAAGUGUUGAAAGCAUUGCCUUCUUUGCAAGAAAGGGACCAGUCAAGAGGAAGAUUUGGCAGUGGUGGUCGUGGUGGUUUUGGUGACAGAAAUGGUGGUGGUGGUAGGUUUUCAUUUGGAAGAGGUGGUCGGAGCGGUGAUCGAAGAAAUGAUAGGUUUUCUGGUCGGCCAAACAGUUCCAGAGGUCGCAGCAACACGAGCAAGAAAUGGUGAAACUAAGCAAGAUGGCCAAUUAUGGAAUGAACGAUGAUGCUUAAUACAGGCCCCUUGCUAAAGAAUGUCUUGGCAAGAUAGAGCUCUUAUGACUUCGAAUUUUAGUUUUCUCCUAUAUUAUUUGCUUUCUGUUUUAUUUUUUUAACGUUUUUUUCUCUUUUUUGUAUCUCUUUUUAUUUAGUCUGCAAACUUUAAUUUGUGAAUGGGGAUUUUUCCAUGCGUCCCCAUAAUUUUUAUCAAGUGUUGCAAAGAAAAAGAGAAGCGACUUUAUUUAUUA